GUUGAUGCCCAAUCACCGACGUCCCUAACCAGGCAACCACGAAAAUGCGAACAAGGGGCAGUCCGACCGGACUCCCCCCCAACGCCACUCGAAUCUUCGGGUGUGAUGUGAUCAUGUCAUUAUGUGAAGGGAGGCUGCGCUGCUCCUGAAGGGAGGCUGCGCUUUUCGAGCGUGUAAAAGCCAGAAAUUGCGUUCUCUUUCUUUUUCAGAGCGGCACCUAGGUGCGGAAGCUAGAGGAUUCGAUGAUCCUGAACAAGGAUUGAAAGGUCAACAUGUGCCCCGUAGAGUAGUGUCUCCUUCUAAACAUGUCCAAAGCACAAGGCUUUUGCCCUAAAGAAGUUGGGUUUUGAGGGUAACUACGAUGAAGCCGCCAGAGGUCUGACUGGUGACUUGGAAGAGGAAUGUUUCCCCCUGUAGAAACCAGGCAGGUCGUCUUCCAAGAGGCCGCCAUGUUCAUCCAUGUAUGUUCCAUCAUUUUCCACAUUUCAUGUUAGUGAAGACUUCCCUGUCUUUGAGAGUGGUUCUUUUGGGGGCACGACACGCGGUUCCUUGACUGGGCUCCGGCGGCUCUGAGGCUCCGACCAUCCAUGUGGUUUCCAGCAUGUGGGAGGAAGAAGUAAGAACCCGGAGAGCCAUGCAAGGUAUGACUUCCCGAGAUGUUCAGCUUCAAAGCUAAGUCCAGUGCUGCUGGUGACCCAAGGGCAGCAGGUUAGGGGUGGAUCAUUGGUUCAAUGCAUGGAAUGCAACGGCUGCGUACAAAUCACAAUAUGUUCGUUGGACUUGGCAAAAAUGCUGAGGCCAAACCAGCAGCCGCAGAAGAGGUUCAAGGCGUCGAGGGCGCGGCCUCGCUCCGUUUUGAGGAGCUCAACCGAAAGGACUUGAGCUCUCAGGCUCAUGAGAGUGACUUGCAGGAACUCUUUGGUCUGCUCCGCUGCAGCCACUACAAGACCAAGCCGUCGGAUCUUCGAUGCUUUCUGGACACGCCCCAGCUGCGUUGGUUUGCCCUCCGUAGCUCUACAUGCUUCCUCGGCUUGGGCAUUGCAGCUGUAGAGGAGCCUUUGUCCGAAGAGCUGGCUGAGGCCGUGUACCUGCGACAGCUGAAGGUGCCACCGCAGCUCAUGGCCCAGACGCUCUCCUCUGAGGCCGGCUUUAAGGAUGCCAGCCGCUUUCGCUAUGCCCGGGUGUUGAGGCUUUGCGUCCAUCCAGCGCUGCAGCGGAGGGGCUUGGGAAGCGACUUGUUGAAGAGGAUCCUGGAGAAGCUCCGGAAGGAGAGGGUGGACGCUGUGGGCGCGUGUUUCGGGCUAAAGCCUUGGCUUCUGAAGCUUUGGCGCAGGUCGGCCAACACCAGGCUGGUGUGGAUUGCUCAUGGGAGUGAGCCCAGUAGUGGGCAUCACAGUGCCACGGUCUUGGAGCCCUUGAGCACCCGCUGCAUCCGAGUGGUCGAACGCCUACAGGAACGUUUAGCCUUGCAAAUGCCUGAGUUGCUGCUGGGUCCACUGCAGCAUUUGGAUCUGGAGACGGUGGCAGCAGUGAUGGCAGCACUGCCCCCUCUGCCCCCUUCGCCCUUCCGGGCGCAGGAUGCGGAGGACGUGCGGAGCUUCGCCUUUGGUGCGCGGAACCUCUCCUGCUGCCGCUUCGCCUUGGCAAGGGCUGUCCUGGCUGCUUUGCGCGUUCCAAGGGCCAGGUUAGCGGAUCGCUUCGAGGAUGCCCUCCUGGAUAUGCUGCAGGGACGCGAAGCCAACGACUCCAUCCUGCGGCAGGCCAUCCGACAGCUGAUUGCAGAUGAUGGGACGACCUUGAAGGGUGGUGAGGGUGAAAAGGAGCCGGUGCCAGAGGACAGCAGGCCCUUCAACCCGGACGGUUCUGGAUCGCUGAAGGCCGUGAAGAUCAGAGGACGGGCCUCGCGGAUUCACAGCGCGAUGCAUUGGCUGGGACGUUGCCGAGUCAGUGAUCCAGACUACUCCGUGAUCCAGACUCCUUUGUUGAUCGGAUACGACGUGACGCACGAGGAGUUGACCGAAGGCACGUCGAACGUCAAAGAGCAAGAAGAAGACGAUCAAGAAGUUGUGGGCGAGCCGGAGGAUCGCCUUCCACGGAGCUCGCCCUUCGUGGGCGCCUUGCGCCAUGCGCCCAAGCGCUCCCAGAUCCUUCUUUUGGGCCAACUGGACCGACUGCUACGACGACGUAUUCCGGAGCUGGCAGAGCUAGGUGAAGACCAGGAGUCGCAUGGCGAUGCUUUCUCUUCAAUAGAGAGUUCGGAGAAGCUCCCCUCUUCCUCGCCGUACGUGGGCUUUCAGCGGCACGCGCCACCCUCCUCACCGGUGCUGAGCUUCACGGCCUCGCCGGGACGUGACGCCCUUGGCAUCUCCAAAGGCCUUCCGGAGCUGGAUUUGAAGGAGGUUUUGCCCGGAGAGCUACCAGAAGAGGUCUGGACUGAAGUGAUGCGCUUGGCCUUGGAUGUCCCUGAGCUGGCAGCCUUUUCCCGAGUGAGCAUGGGCUUUCACAAGGUGGUCUCCUCGCCAGAUGUGUGGUGCCAGCGUGUGGUACGACUGCCUCCAAGUUGCUUGGAAAACUUUGCCCCUCAACUGGAUCGCUGGCUUGCUGCCUGGACGAAUGCGAAGAAAUUGGUACUUCCACGGUCGAACCAGCUGCUGGAGCAAGUGAACCAACGUGCGCCGCAUUUACCGAUCGAGGUGAGCUGGCGCUUCGAUCGGCAUCUCAAGGGCGAAGGUGUGGAGGUCCUCAGGCACGGUCAAGCAGUGCGCCGAGUGGCUGAAGAGGAGCUGGUGGUGCUGGGAGACGCGGCUCUUCCAUGCGACGACCGAUGGCCGUAUUUGGAGGUGCACUUGGAUGAAUGUGGCGAGGGCAUCGGCGACAUGAUCAACGACUUCGGCUUUGGCGUCACGGCGUCGGUCCCCGAGGAGAUUGAUGAACUUGGAUCUGUGGCUGAUGAGGUGCCGCGCAGUUGGGUGGUGGACUUCACCCAGUCGAUGGUCUGCCUCAGCGUCAACAACCGAGAGGCUUCCCAGGGGAAGAACCUCUCUGCGGCCGCCUUGAGAGAGGGUUGCCGCGUGGGGCUCUUGGUGAAGCCCAACGCCUUUGAGAUCUACAUUGAUGGCGUCCAUCGAGACACGCUGACGGUGCGUCCUGAGGACUGCGUCCCAGUCAACAGCGGGCUUUACCCGGUCUUGGACUUGUAUGGACGCACCAUCGAGAUCUCGAAGACGGACGCGGAGGAGCUUGAGCUUGCCACACUUCAUUCGGUGGAUCCCAUUCUGCGAACAGAAAAGGAUCUGGCCAAAGUAUUGCAAUUUGAUGGUCAUAUAGCUCAGGAGGUUUCCCGCUUCUCAUGCCACCUGGACGUGGAGCCCGUUGAGCUCGCAGUGUUGGUGUUGGACGUUUCGGAUGUGGUGAGCUCGCAACAUGGGUGCUCCCUGAUGGAUGUGUCGUUCCUGUGGGUGGCCAGGGUGGGGCACGAGGACGGUUUCAGUGGCAAAGAGGACCGAAGCACCGGCCUCGGAAGUCUUCAGAAAGGUGAUGCCAAAAUGUUGAAAGACCUUGCGCAGCUCUCGCCACGUUUACAGCACGCUUUGUGGGACCAUCUGCUCCAAGUUCUUCCACCUCAUCCCAAUCCCAUCCCAGCACCGGCAGAGCUCACGGUGAAGCCCUUGAACGCCGACUUCGGCGCGCUGGUGACCUCCGAGCUCUCCGCCGAGAGGCUCCUGGGGAACCCGCACUAUGCGCAGCAGCUCUUCCACGCUUGGCAGGAGCACGGCGGGCUGCUGGUGAUGCGGAACCUGGACUUGACGCCACAGCAGAUGGUGGCCAUCAGCGCCUUCUUCGGGGAGGUUGAAGAUGAGCUGGACGAAAGCAAACAAAUGUUUGCUGUCGGGGGCGAGAGCCGAGCUGGGCCGCCGAUGCGGGAACGGGCAGGGAAGGGCUCCAUGGAUCACCGGCGGUCGCUUUUGGGAAAUACAUAUCAGACAUGA